GUUGUUGGAUUGGCAGCAAAACAAAGUAGAAUAAGAAAUAUUUCAAAUACAGUAAUGAAAGUAAAGCAGAUCCUUGGCAGAAGCCAGAAAUGCGGUCCUUGGACCUGGCUUCUCAACAAUUAGCCCUGAGAGGGAAGAAUCGGCUGGCUCCUGGAAAUACACUGAGAGCACACAGAGCUUCCCCACACCUUCAGAUUUGCACCUUGCUGCCCAGGAGCUUCCCACAGCUAAUCUUCCUUCCCAGUCCACUAUGGCCAGUUCCAAUAGCAGUGCGGGCAUCCGGUGGUCCAGACAGGAGACACGAACGCUUCUCUCCAUACUAGGCGAGGCAGAGUAUAUUCAACGCCUCCAGACUGUGCAUCAUAAUGCAGAUGUCUAUCAGGCUGUGUCUAAGCGAAUGCAGCAGGAAGGCUUCCGCCGCACCGAACGUCAGUGCCGCUCCAAGUUUAAAGUUCUGAAGGCGUUAUAUUUAAAGGCGUACGUUGCCCAUGCCACGAGUGUGGGGGAUCCGCCGCACUGUCCGUUUUAUGAUACAUUGGAUCAGCUUCUCCGAAAUCAGAUAGUGACUGACCCAGACAACUUAAUGGAGGACACUACUUGGGCCAAGCACUGUGAUCAGAACUUAGUGGCCUCUGACACCCCAGGGGAAGAGGGACCCAGCAUUCUCAGAGCAAAAAGGACUCAGGCAGCAGAUCAUCAGCCUAUCUUGAAAACAGUUAAGGAAUCAGAUGAGGAUUGUCAACUGAGAAUCAGUGACCAGAUGCGAGAAACCAGUGACCUUGAGGACUCCUGGGAUGAAUCCUCGGGUGCAGGGUGCUCUCAAGGGACCCCCAGCUACAGCAGCUCCCACCACCUUUUCAGAGGUGCGGUUGCUCCCUGUCAGAGCAGCCCCAUGACCCGCCUGGGUGUGUCCGGUGAGCCCAGUCCGUGCGCCAGCACCAGCCGAAACACUCCUGGGGUGGCCUCCGCACCGCGGCCUCCGGUCUCCUCCUCCACAGUUCCUUUUGUUUCUGGUGGGGAUAGGCCUUUGACCGGUGAGCCCCCUCCACGGUGGGCGAGGCGAAGAAGGCGGUCAGUGGCCAGGACUAUUGCGGCCGAGUUGGCAGAAAACAGGAGGUUGGCACGAGAACUUUCAAAGCGUGAGGAAGAAAAAUUGGACAGGCUGAUUGCUAUUGGUGAGGAGGCCAGUGCUCAGCAAGACACUGCCAACGAGCUCCGCAGGGAUGCCGUGAUCGCAGUCAGACGCUUGGCCACGGCGGUGGAAGAGGCCACCGGUGCUUUUCAGCUAGGGCUCGAAAAAUUGCUUCAGAGGUUAAUUUCGAAUACCAAAAGUUAAGAAUUGAUUACAAAGAGGCUGUUUCCUAAACUGGUAGAAGCCCAGUUCCAACACCUGCCUUUUGGUACCCUGGCUCCUUUUACACGGCCUUAGGAAUAAAGGAAAGAAAAAGCGGAUGAACCAUUAA